GUCGCGGGCGCGCGCGCUCAGAGGGAGGCCGGCCGCUGCCCGCGCCGGUGUCUCCGGUUGCCGGGCCAAGCCUCGCCAGACUGCCCGGCCCCGGAUCCAGGCUCCACGAGUUGCUCUCAGCUCGGGAUUCACGCACCCCGGGCUCGAACCUCGGACGCACACCUGAGAGCUCGGCCGGAGGGUGGGUCCAGGCCCAGCGGAGACAUGGGGAAAUUUCAGUCCAAGCACGCCGCAGCAGCCUGCAAGAGGAGAGAGAGUCCCGAAGGGGACAGCUUCGUGGUGCCUGCGUACGGGAGCGGUCGCAGGGGAGCGGAAGAAACGGACCGGCGCGCGGGCAGCGGUGUGGAACAUCGCUCACGGGACAAGCAGGAGCUGCUCAAUGGAGACCCUAAGGAGGGGCCUUUCUGGGACGACAAGGGUUCCCUAGAAGUUGUGCUGCCCCCUGAGAAGUCUGAGGGCCAUGAGGGCCAGGGCCAGCUCUUCAGCACAGAUGAUGGGGAGAAGGCAGCAAGCCGUGAGGGUCCACUGAGACUUAGCAAGAAGCACUUGAACAUUGACGCACUGCAGUGUGACGUCUCAGUGGAAGAAGACAACCGCCAAGAAUGGACAUUCACAUUGUAUGACUUUGACAACAGUGGGAAAGUCACCAGAGAGGACAUGUCCAGCCUGAUGCACACCAUCUACGAGGUUGUCGAUGCCUCUGUCAAUCACUCCUCCGGCAGCAGCAAGACCCUUCGAGUGAAGCUAACUGUCAGCCCUGAACCCUCCAGCAAGAAGGAAUGUCCUCUCACUGGCCAAGACCGGGAGCCCACUCGUGGCAGAACAGAGAUUGAGCUCACAGAUGAGCCCCGAGUGGCUGACAGAAGGCUAUCCGCCUACAGCAGGAAGCCCAAUGCUGAUCCCCAGCCCUGCUCUGUGCGAGUGCCCUACUGUGUGGAUGAGAACACAGAGCGCAGAAACCACUACCUAGACCUUGCUGGCAUCGAGAACUACACAUCUAAGUUUGGUCCUGGGUCACCACCUGAGCAGGCCAGGCAAGAACAUCAUGGCAGGGCCACACACAUUCCAAGCAGGUCCCGAUCACAAGAGUCGGAUGCCCACGCUAUACACCACCGCAGGUCUCAAGUCCUGGCUGAGCAUGUCAUACCAGCUAAUGAGCCUGCCACCCGGGCCCUGGCUGCACAGCCCCGGAUCAAGGGGCAGGAGAAGCAGUUCCUCAGGUCUCCUAAGGGUCCAGGAAAACCUCUUGGGACACCAGGCAGUGGCAAGCCAGGGAAAGCUCUCAGCUAUUGCCUGCAGGCCGUGCCAUUGCCCCAGAGUGCUCAGGAUGGCCACCACCUUCCUCAGCCCCCACCACAGCCUCCACCGCAGCCCUAUGGUCACAAGCGGUACCGGCAGAAAGCCAGAGAAGGCCACUCACCACUUAAGGGGCAUGGCCAGCCUACCAUGGUGGAGCAUGAAGUAGUACGGGACCUGCCUCCCAUGCUGGGGCCUGAGGGCUAUGUGAUGCCUGUGGUCCAGAGGCAUGAACACCACCAUCACCAUGAGCACCACCACCAUCACCACCACCACCACUUCCACCCAUCCUAGCACCCAAACAAGCACUCUGCCCAAAUGCCCUUGGGAACAGAGCAGGGGCUGGCAUGUGCCCAGUAGAGAAUACAGCAUCCCCUGGCUCAACACCAGCUGCAGAUGUCAAGGGGGCACACCAGGGAGAUGGCACCAGGCUUGGAUAUUCAUGGACAAAGCUACCUUUCUCCAUGCCAUUUGGAUACCAGUACAUUUGAUGCAGCUGAUGGUUACCAGGGACACGUGCUCCUGUGUCAUCCAGAAAGCCCAUACAUGAGGGCACAAAAGCAUCUGUUCCUGCUUUUGCUGCAGUGUGACCAUGGGAUAUUUGAAGGCAUCCUUUGUAUCCUCAUGGUUCUUUGACCUUCGGGUACCUGAAUAGAAAAGGCAAUGCUUUUUGUGAAGUUUCUAUGUUGUAAAGUCAGUGGACUGGCUUGGAAAGUGGUUCUUCUUCAGUGUACCAUGUUAAACAAAGCAAAACAAAGAGGCCAGAUUAUCAGCAAAUGUGGAGGGGGCACUGUUGAGCAGAGGGACAGAGUGACGUUCCGUGGGCAGCAUGAGGCUUGGUGUCGAGCUUCCAGCAUCCUAGGUAGAUAUGGAUAAGACCCAGACGGGUUGGGAUGAGAAGGAUCAGGUACAAUGCUGGAGGUCCUCAUUCAGGCUGUGCAUAGCCAAGUGAUACUUAGAUGUCCCUCCAUAAAGGCUGCAAAGGUAUGGGGUCCUCAAGAAGCCACAAUUUUCAUGGUUCCACCAGCAGGACAGAACAAGAGGAACUUUUUAACCUCUUGUGAGUUUAUGAAAGUUGGGCAUGAUGCCUUCUUGGCAUAAUAAAGAAUUGUGCAUUCUGUAACAAGGCACACAUACCCUUGUAUUAAAACACUUUUCUGAGAGCGGUGGGUAGUGUACUGACACACCGUAGCUGCAGGUGAAGAUGACAGGUACUUGUGGAGGGUGAAUGCUGUAGAACCGUCCUGGCUUAUACUGCUUGACGCACACAACUCCAUAGCAAUGCUUCUUAAUAAGGGAUUUCUAGACUAAGAAAAACCAGAACUCUAAACCCAGAGUUCAGCUCAUGUUAACAAGAAACACCAAGCUCCAGAUGGACUCCGUGGGCUCCAGCUUAUGCAGACUGUUGAGAAGCGACACAACCUUAUGUUUAUCUCCUUUCCCCUCAACCCCGUGCCUAUUCUAAGGAAUUCCCGAAGACCUGAAUGUGAUGUCUCUGACCUGGGGACCAUCAGUCCUCUGUAGGCUGUUCACUGUUAGCUAGACAUGCUCCCCAAAACGAAAAUGACUAGAGUGUGUCACCCUUUCCUUACAACAUGACUAAAGUACCCACGUCAUGGAUGUAGAGAUGGCAUGUAUGUGAGGUUCCACCACCCACACCACAGCAGAGGGAUUGAAUCAGCAUGGCCACCCAGUUUCUCUCUCAGUAUGCAGCACUCUUAUAUUGGGCUUGUGCUAAGAGGUCCUUUCAGGAGGCUGAAGAGAUGGCUCAGCAGUUAAGAGGCUGCUCUUCCAGAGGUCCUGGGCUCAAUUCCCAGCACCCCCACAUGGCAGUUCACAACUGUCUGUAACUCCAAUUCUAGGGCUUCCAACACCCUCACACAGACAUACAUGUAGAUAAAACACCAAUGAACAUAAGCUUUUUUCAAAAAAAAAAAAAAAAAAGUCCUUUCAGGCCCUGAGAGAUGUCCUACAGGAUAUCCCCAAUGACACCUAGGGCCAUGGUCCAGCUGCAGCAGCAUGGGAAGUGGGGAGAUUCAGCCAAGCCUGAGCCCUGGCUUCACGUUUUAAAAAUGCAGGGCAGGUGGAAGCCCUGACAAGCUCAUGGCAGGGGCCGAGCACCUGCCACUGUGUGAGUGUUAAGUGGAGGGGGGUACACCACCCCAGACAGCUGAGAGUUCUCCCUCCGUACCAUGAUAAGACCUAAAGAGAUGGGAAAGCACUUGUGAAGUAAAUGAGAAACACCCAGACCAUUUAGUUGGGUGUGGCAGUGAGAGCUUGUGGGAGGCUACAUCAAGAGCUACAAUCCAAGACCAGACUGGACUAUCUAGUGACACCGCCUCCCCUGUCCCCAAACUGCUCAUGUUCUCCAGCACGUAGCCACUCUGGACGUGGUCACUAGUGUCUGAGAACAGUGGAUCUACUGAGAUGCAGGAACUUGGCUUGGGAUAACUCCAGGACUACCUAGUAGUAAAACUGCAAUGUUGAAAAUGGAGACAGAGGUAAGAAAGAUAGAGGUGGUGAUGCUUAGUCCACCCUGUGCUGGGUGCCAGGAUGGUGUCUCUGUGGCAGUUGGUAGUACCUGGCAACAGACGACAGUGGCUGUGGUGAGGAAAAUAACCAACCUUGGCUGUGUAUGUGGAGGUUGUGGCUACUGUGUAUUCUUAGAACUCAACAACCCGAUCUAUGUACAUUCCCAAAUAAACUGUCGCAGGAGUGAA